AUGGUUAAUUUUUUCAUCAGAAUACAAGACAGGAAAAGAAAAACGAUUGCAAAACUGGAGUCAACUCUUUCCAAAGUUGUUAAUUUCAGCAACAGAAAAAAUUCUGUUGUUGAACUGACUUGCAGUCAGUGCUAUGAGUCAACCACAGAUCUCUACAGAUGCUUAGACUGCAUUGGAUCAUGGGUGGUAUGUGAAGGAUGCCUUCAUUCUAACCACUCACAUCCACAUUUACACGUGAUUGAGAAAUGGAUGAAUGGUACAUUUAUUGGAUAUCAAUGUGAGAAAUCUGUCUGGUGCUCCAUGAAACAUAAACACUUUGCAAACAAAUACAUUAAAGACUUGGUUGUCAUUGAUGACAAAGGCCGACAACAUCUUCGUACAAUAGAGUUUUGUACCUGUGAGGAGGAACCAGUGACAUUGAUAGACUUUGAUUUGUGGCCCUCUUCUCCAAUGUAUCCCAAAAUAGCCUUUCACUUUGACCUUCUCAGAUGGCUAAAUGGAUUAAUGCUGGAAAGCCACGUAUCUGCAAAGAGUUUUUGUGAAGCACUUACUGCAAGACUUCCUAAGCAACAAAAGAAGUACACAUCUAAGGAGGAAAAAGAAAUCUACAAAGUUUUAAUGGAAGAAACCAUUCACCAGUUUCGCCACUUCUGUUAUAAAAUGGAUUUCUGUGAACGGUUUGACGGGCUUGAUGAUGGUUGCAGUUGUCCUGCAUGUUAUCAGACAGACACUCCAUUUUACUAUUUGGAUGCAGAUUUCCAGCUUGUUAGGAAAACCUCAUCUGGGAAAAGCUGGCUCGAUCCAAAGCAUUCCGAAAACUUUUUUGUGCAGCAAGAUAAAGUUGAUGACUUUUUUUUCUUCUUAUGA